AUGCGAUCUUCUGGACUCGGCAUAGGUCGGACAUUUGUAACGAGAACGUUGAGGGGGAGGGAGGGGGAAGCUCUGGGCUGUUCCUGGUGCCCCACUAACCCUAUUGACGCCACUGAACCUGGUGCAACUAACCCUAUUGACUCCACUGAACCUGGUGCCCCACUAACCCUAUUGACUCCACUGAACCUGGUGCCACUAACCCUAUUGAUUCAAACCGAAUCUGGCUCCACUAACCCUAGUGACUCCAUUGAACCUGGUGCCACUAACCCUAUUGACUCCACUGAACCUGGUGCCACUAACCCUAUUGACUCCACUGAACCUGGCUCCACUAACCAUAGUAACUCCACUGAACCUGGUGCAACUAACCCUAUUGACUCCAUUGAACCUGGUGCCACUAACCCUAUUGACUCCACUGAACCUGGCUCCACUAACCAUAGUGACUCCAUUGAACCUGGUGCCACUAAUCCUAUUGACUCCACUGAACCUGGUGCAACUAACCCUAUUAACUCCACUAAACCUGGCUCCACUAACCAUAGUAACUCCACUGAACCUGGUGCCCCACUAACCCUAUUGACUCCACUGAACCUGGCUCUACUAACCCUAGUGACUCCAUUAAACCUGGUUGCAACUAACCCUAUUGACUCCACUGAACCUGGUGCCACUAACCCUAUUGACUCCACUGAACCUGGCUCCACUAACCAUAGUAACUCCACUGAACCUGGUGCAACUAACCCUAUUGACUCCACUGAACCUGGUGCAACUAACCCUAUUGACUCCACUGAACCUGGUGCCACUAACCCUAUUGACUCCACUGAACUUGGUGCCACUAACCCAAGUGACUCCACUGAACCUGGUGCAACUAACCCUAUUGACUCCACUGAACCUGGUGCCACUAACCCUAUUGACUCCACUGAACUUGGUGCCACUAACCCAAGUGACUCCACUGAACCUGGUGCCACUAACCCUAUUGCCUCUACUGAACCUGGUACCACUAACGCUAUUGACUCCACUGAACCUGGCUCCACUAACCAUAGUAACUCCACUGAACCUGGUGCCACUAACCCUAUUGACUCCACUGAACCUGGCUCCACUAACCAUAGUAACUCCACUGAACCUGGCUCCACUAACCAUAGUAACUCAACUGAACCUGGCUCCACUAACCAUAGUAACUCCACUGAACCUGGCUCCACUAACCAUAGUAACUCCACUGAACCUGGCUCCACUAACCAUAGUAACUCCACUGAACCUGGCUCCACUAACCAUAGUAACUCCACUGAACCUGGCUCCACUAACCAUAGUAACUCCACUGAACCUGGCUCCACUAACCAUAGUAACUCCACUGAACCUGAUGCAACUAACCCUAUUGACUCCACUGAACCUGAUGCAACUAACCCUAUUGACUCCACUGAACCUGGUGCAACUAACCCUAUUGACUCCACUGAACCUGAUGCAACUAACCCUAUUGACUCCACUGAACCUGGUGCAACUAACCCUAUUGACUCCACUGAACCUGAUGCAACUAACCCUAUUGACUCCACUGAACCUGGUGCAACUAACCCUAUUGACUCCACUGAACCUGGCUCCACUAACCAUAGUAACUCCACUGAACCUGGUGCAACUAACCCUAUUGACUCCACUGAACCUGGCUCCACUAACCAUAGUAACUCCACUGAACCUGGCUCCACUAACCAUAGUAACUCAACUGAACCUGGCUCCACUAACCAUAGUAACUCCACUGAACCUGGCUCCACUAACCAUAGUAACUCCACUGAACCUGGCUCCACCAACCAUAGUAACUCCACUGAACCUGGCUCCACUAACCAUAGUAACUCCACUGAACCUGAUGCAACUAACCCUAUUGACUCCACUGAACCUGGUGCAACUAACCCUAUUGACUCUACUGAACCUGGCUCCACUAACCAUAGUAACUCCACUGAACCUGGUGCCACUAACCCUAUUGACUCCACUGAACCUGGCUCCACUAACCAUAGUAACUCCACUGAACCUGGCUCCACCAACCAUAGUAACUCCACUGAACCUGGCUCCACUAACCAUAGUAACUCCACUGAACCUGGCUCCACUAACCAUAGUAACUCCACUGAACCUGGCUCCACUAACCAUAGUAACUCCACUGAACCUGGCUCCACUAACCAUAGUAACUCCACUGAACCUGAUGCAACUAACCCUAUUGACUCCACUGAACCUGAUGCAACUAACCCUAUUGACUCCACUGAACCUGGCUCCACUAACCAUAGUAACUCCACUGAACCUGAUGCAACUAACCCUAAUGACUCCACUGAACCUGAUGCAACUAACCCUAUUGACUCCACUGAACCUGGCUCCACUAACCAUAGUAACUCCACUGAACCUGGCUCCACUAACCAUAGUAACUCCACUGAACCUGAUGCAACUAACCCUAUUGACUCCACUGAACCUGAUGCAACUAACCCUAUUGACUCCACUGAACCUGGCUCCACUAACCAUAGUAACUCCACUGAACCUGAUGCAACUAACCCUAUUGACUCCACUGAACCUGAUGCAACUAACCCUAUUGACUCCACUGAACCUGGCUCCACUAACCAUAGUAACUCCACUGAACCUGAUGCAACUAACCCUAAUGACUCCACUGAACCUGAUGCAACUAACCCUAUUGACUCCACUGAACCUGGCUCCACUAACCAUAGUAACUCCACUGAACCUGGCUCCACUAACCAUAGUAACUCCACUGAACCUGAUGCAACUAACCCUAUUGACUCCACUGAACCUGAUGCAACUAACCCUAUUGACUCCACUGAACCUGGCUCCACUAACCAUAGUAACACCACUGAACUUGGUGCCACUAACCCAAGUGACUCCACUGAACCUGGUGCCACUAAACCUAUUAACUCCACUGAAACUGAUGCCACUAACCCUAUUGACUCCAAUGAAACUGAUGCCACUAACCCUAUUGACUCCACUGAACCUGGUGCCCCACUAACCGUAGUGACUCCACUGAACCUGGUGCCACCAACCCUAGUGAGUCCACUGAACCUGGUGCCACUAACUCUAAUGACUCCACUGAACCUGGUGCAACUAACCCUAUUGACUCCACUGAACCUGGUGCAACUAACCCUAGUGACUCCACUGAACCUGGUGCCACUAACUCUAAUGACUCCACUGAACCUGGUGCCACUAACCCUAGUGACUCCACUGAACCUGGUGCCCCACUAA